AUGGUCCAGGAGAAAUCGACGGUCAUGGUUCAUCUUGGUGGACCACUCCCAACCAAUACGACACAUUAUCAUGAGAAGAAUUGCAAACCACCAGAUGCUCUGCACUUCCAUGGAUGCGAUAAUCUUAAACUAAGUGGACUUACUCAUCUAAACAAUGCAAGAGCCCACAUUGCUAAAGCCAUUACAACAAUGUGUUGUCUCUCAUCUCACCAUAACAGCACUUGA